AGUUUUCUUUUGAGUUGCACAAAUCUGGCAACAUAACUAAUCUUGAAAUGAGAACUGUGAUUUUGUAAUUUAAAUAAAUACUUAAACUUUAUAAGUCAUGACUGAAGAGAGCGAAGUUAUAUCAAUUCCUCCUUCAGAGGAAGUAAGAUCUAUUGACGUGGAUGAAGCUGGUCAACAAGAGAGGAUAAACUGUUGGGUGUGCUUUGGAAGUACCGAAGACGAUAGAGAUGCUGAAUGGGUGCAGCCGUGUAAGUGUAGAGGUACUACUAAAUGGGUUCAUCAGACUUGCUUGCAGCGAUGGAUUGAUGAAAAGCAAAAAGGAAACAGUUCAGCCUCUGUUUCAUGUCCUCAAUGCAAUGCAGAAUAUAUACUUGUAUUCCCACCAUUUGGUCGUUUUGUAUUUGUGCUUGAUGUAGCAGAUCGGCUUAUCUAUAAAUUUUGCCCACUUGCAACUGCAGGCAUUGUCGUAGGUUCAAUUUAUUGGACAGCUGUAACAUAUGGUGCUGUUACAGUUAUGCAAAUUUUAGGACACAAAGAAGGUCUCAACACAAUGGAACAAGCAGAUCCACUGGUGCUGCUUGUUGGUCUUCCUACUAUUCCUAUCAUGUUGAUCCUAGGCAAGAUGGUACGAUGGGAAGAUUACUGCCUAAAAGUUUGGAGAAGGUACUGGAACAGGCUGCCCAGUUUUAAUAAGAUCUUUGCUCGUCCAUCUGUCCCAGAAAGCAGGAGCGUUGCCGACAGGCCGCCACCCGACGUCCCUGCCUUUUCUGACCCCAUAUCUGCAACCAGAGUCCUGUGUGGGGCCCUUCUUCUACCAACAAUGGCCACAAUGUUUGGAAAGAUAUUUUUCAACCAUAUCCCUCAUAAUCCCCAAAGAACUCUUCUGGGUGGAAUAACUUUUAUUGCUGUGAAAGGAGUAUUAAAAAUGUAUCUUCGUCAACAACAGUACAUCAGACAGUGCCAUCGUAGAAUUCUCAAUUAUGACAAAAAUUCAACAUUUCCUCAUUCUCCUACCAGUUCCCAGUCAUCACAGACUGAUAGCACUUCUUCCUCUUCCAAUUUUUAAAUCUUCCUUCGACUUGUUAAUAAAAUAAUAACUUCAAGUUUUAAAAUAAGAAUUGUGGAAUUUAUUUUUCUCAACUAAAAAAAUAAUCAGUGUGUGAAUUCUUUUAUUGUGCUUUUCUUUUUUUUGCUAUUUAUUCAAGAACUAAUCUAUAUUUUUUUAAUGAGAGAUACUUUGUCCUUUUAUUUACAAUUUUUUUUAUUUUGUUAUCAAAAUGUACUUCAAUUUUACAAUCUGUUUAAAUAUAGUAUUAGCACAUUCUUAAGACUUCCUUAUUGUUAAAAGAUUUUUUUAAUUAUUUAAUUUGUUUUUUUACCUAUGAACCAUCAAUAGUUUUUAUUUAUCAAUAUGCAUUAAAUUUUGUAAAUAUAUUUAUAUUUAAAAACAUUUGCGUGUUUGCUAUUAAAUAAAAUAUGUAUGCAACUGUAGAGAAAGUACUUUAAAAAUAGUUGAAAGUGAUAAAAUCAUAUUAAAAUUAUGAAAAAGUUGUCCAAAGGAUUAAAACUGUAAAUAAUGUAUUCAAAACAAUAUUUCAUGCAAUAAACUUAAUUUUUAUUUUACAUUUAAAUGCUCAUUUAACUGUAACAUGUUUUCAUAUAUAUUUUCUGGUGCAUAUACAUAGCCCCAGUUUAUUUUAUUUAAUUUUUGAGUAAAAUUAAUAUUUUGCCUAAUGGAUUUUUUUUUUUAAUAACCAGUGGUAUAUUAAUACAAAUGUAGUAUAUUUUGCUUUCUUAUUAAUAAUUUUGUGAGAAAUCUAUAUCAAAUAAAACUUUAUGUAUACUGUGUGAAAAUAGUUCUUACAUAAUGAAAUUUAUGUAUGAAAUGUAAUUUUUAGAUUUUAUUUCGAUACUUUGAAUAAAGAUUUUAUGGGAA